CCGCCUCGGUGGAGCCCCCCGCCGCCCGCCCCCUUCCCGCGUCCUCUCUCCCUCCCUGCGCAGCGGAAACAUGGCGGCGGGAAGGGAGUGAGCCGCCGGUGCCCCCGCCGCGCCCGCAGAUUUCUUCAUCAUGCUGAGGAAGAACGAUUUCCUAUUUCAUAUAGCAGUUGGUACCAUGCAAAAAUCAGCUCCUUGAAAAGAUGGAGAAAUUAGCAUACAGAGAAACUGACUUCUCAGAGGUCAGGGCAAGGUAUUGGUGGAUCCAGGGAUAAAUCCCAAACCUCUUAAUUCCUUGACCAGUUUUUAGACCAUUGACUAUGCAGCCUAGUGUGAUAGACUGGAAUGAUUUUAGAAAACAUAAAUAUGGUCACCUGUCAGAGUCGGCAUCCCAAUAUCAAGAAGCUGCUGACAUCCUGGAGCUAGGGUUAUAAAGAAGAUUACAUGAGCUAAUGGAUGUGAAAACAUCUUAAAAACUCUCAAAUACUUUUCAACUUUGGAGGAUUAUUAUGAUUUUCAUUCUGUUCAGCGGCUAUACUCAGACUUUACUCUAAGUCAAAUCUUCUGACAUUCUUUGAAGUGAAGCAUUCUAUGAAUGUGAGCUGAAGAAAUGAAUGAAAUGAAAUAAUGCAGAGGUACCUGUGAUAUAGUGAAAAGAACACUGGACCUGCUCUGGAUGCUUUAUUUCUAUUAAAUAAAAAUACCUCUAGUGACUUUUCCUUAACCUACCAAGAACUCUUAGAUUUGUAUGAAAACAAAAGAAUACCUCAGCAGAAAAACGGCAAAAAUAAAAUACAAACUGGCUGAUAAGCCUAAAAAGAUCUUCAACUUUAUUAGUAAUCAAAGAAUUGCAAAUAAAGCAUCUAGUGCUUUUUGCAUGGCCCAAAGGGGCCCUGUGCUGCUCCACUACAGAGGAAACUUCAAGAAAUGCUGGUUUGCUACAGUGUUUUAGCUUGUGAGAUUCUCUGGGACCUUCCCUGCUCCACCAUGGGGUCACCUCUAGGUCAUUUUACCUGGGACAAAUACCUAAAAGAAACAUGUUCAGUCCCAGCGCCUGUCCAUUGCUUCAAGCAGUCCUACACACCUCCAAGCAACGAGUUCAAGAUCAGCAUGAAAUUGGAAGCACAGGACCCCAGGAACACCACAUCCACCUGUAUUGCCACAGUAGUUGGACUGACAGGUGCCCGCCUUCGCCUGCGCCUUGAUGGCAGUGACAACAAGAAUGACUUCUGGCGGCUGGUUGACUCAGCUGAAAUCCAGCCCAUUGGGAACUGUGAAAAGAAUGGGGGUAUGCUGCAGCCCCCCCUGGGAUUUCGGCUAAAUGCCUCCUCUUGGCCCAUGUUCCUUUUGAAGACACUAAAUGGAGCAGAGAUGGCUCCCAUCAGGAUUUUCCACAAGGAGCCACCAUCGCCUUCCCACAACUUCUUCAAAAUGGGAAUGAAGCUAGAAGCUGUGGACAGGAAGAACCCUCAUUUCAUUUGCCCUGCUACUAUUGGGGAGGUUCGGGGCCCAGAGGUGCUUGUCACGUUUGAUGGGUGGCGAGGGGCCUUUGACUACUGGUGCCGCUUCGACUCCCGGGACAUCUUCCCUGUGGGCUGGUGUUCCUUGACUGGAGACAACCUGCAGCCUCCCGGCACCAAAGUUGUGAUUCCAAAGAAUCCCUAUCCUGCGUCUGAUGUGAACACUGAGAAGCCCAGCAUCCACAGCAGCACCAAAUCUGUCUUGGAGCAUCAACCAGGGCAGAGGGGACGUAAACCAGCAAAGAAGCGGGGCCGGACACCCAAGACCCUAAUUCCCCAUCCCAUCUCUGCCCCAUCCAAGUCACCUGAACCUUUGAAAUUCCCAAAGAAGAGGGGUCCCAAACCUGGCAGUAAGAGGAAACCUCGGACUUUGCUGAACCCACCACCCACCUCACCAACAACAAGCACCCCUGAACCGGAUACCAGCACUGUACCCCAGGAUGCUGCCACCAUCCCCAGCUCAGCCAUGCAGGCCCCCACAGUUUGUAUCUACUUGAACAAGAAUGGCAGCACAGGCCCCCACUUAGAUAAGAAGAAGAUCCAGCAACUCCCUGACCAUUUUGGGCCAGCCCGCGCCUCUGUGGUGUUACAACAGGCUGUCCAGGCUUGCAUCGACUGUGCUUAUCACCAGAAAACUGUCUUCAGCUUCCUCAAACAGGGCCACGGUGGUGAGGUUAUCUCAGCCGUGUUUGACCGGGAACAGCACACCCUCAACCUCCCAGCAGUCAACAGCAUCACCUACGUCCUCCGCUUCCUGGAGAAACUCUGCCACAACCUUCGUAGUGACAAUCUGUUUGGCAACCAGCCCUUUACACAGACUCACUUGUCACUCACUUCCACAGAGUACGGCCACAGGCACGACAGGUACCUACCAGGUGACUCCUUUGUCCUGGGGAAUAGUCUAGCCCGGUCCUUGGAGCCACACUCAGAUUCAAUGGACUCCACCCUGAAUCCCACCAACCUUGUCAGCACCUCCCAGAAUCUUCGAACUCCUGCCUACCGGCCCUUGCUUCCAUCUUGUGGACUCCCACUGAGUACGGCCUCAGCUAUGCGCAGGCUGUGCUCCAAGGGGUCGGACCGAUACCUGGAAAGCGGGGAUGCCUCUCGACUGAGUGGCCGGGACCCCUCCUCAUGGACAGUGGAGGACGUGAUGCAGUUUGUCCGGGAAGCUGAUCCUCAGCUUGGACCCCACGCUGACCUCUUUCGCAAACACGAGAUUGAUGGCAAGGCCCUGCUGCUGCUGCGCAGUGACAUGAUGAUGAAGUACAUGGGUCUGAAGCUGGGGCCCGCACUCAAGCUCUCCUACCACAUUGACCGGCUAAAGCAGGGCAAGUUUUGAACGGAGAGAUGCAGCCUCAACAACUGAGCAGUCACACAGGUGGGGGCAGUCUUCUCCCAGGAAGGAGGGCCAUCAGCCCUCUCCCAGGCGCCUCAGUGGGGUUCCAGACCACCUCAGGACUCUAGGAGGCUGUGCGGAGCCACCACUGCUACCCUUCCAUUUGUCCUUCCAUGAAGGACUGAGGAGGGGAGAGUGUGGGGCCCAGGGCUGGCGCUGCUCUUCCCCUCAGCCCUGCCAGGGCUCUGAGGUCCCCCUCUAUUUAUUUCUCAAACCUGGCCAGCCUCUCACCAGGAGUUUAGACUGAACACCUUCCAAGUGUUGGAGGACGAGGCCAGCUCUAGGGCCUUGGAAGACAGGUCCCUGAAUUGACGCUCACACCCAGGCCCCCAACCACUGCCUGGGCUUGGUGUGACCACCAUCGCCCCACAGCCCCUGCCUUCUCACCAGAUCCCCAGACUCUAAACUCAUGGUGCAGACCUCUACCUUUUAAAAAAAUAUAUAAAAUCUUUUCUUACUGUUAAUUUAUUGUUUCUGGCACUUGGGCAAACCCUCUAGUUAAUACUCUUCUCACACCAGACACUGGGUUUCAGGAGGAGGGAGACUGCCUGCCUUGGUCCCAGAGGCCCUCUCCAUGCAGGCACGGCCCCUUUUCAGAGGACACUGCUCUAGGGCAUUUUCUCUUUGGAAUGGACAGACAUGUAAAGCCUGGACCAUGUCACUCAGUAUGGUAAGGAACAGGUUCCUGUCACCUUCCCCUGUCUUUCUCUACUGGGACCUUUGUAGCCCUAGGCCUCAUCUGUGGGAAUGAGAGUCCCUUGCUUCUUACUGUCAUCCACCACAGCUCCUUGCUCUGGCCAGAAUUGCUGCCGAAGAAGAUGGUCCCAAUGAUUUUAGGCCAAGAAGGCCUUAAGGGGGAUGGGAAGGAAGGGUCUCCACCCACUCUGCUGUCCCUAUGCUUCCUUGUAAGCAAGUCAGCAGCACAGCUGUUCCCACUGCCAUCUGGAUUUAUUUUAUGUCAAUUUGUUUAUAAAUAAAAGCCAAUAUAGAUGCCA